AAGAUGUCGGGUCGCGGUAAAGGCGGGAAGGGCCUUGGGAAAGGGGGCGCCAAGCGUCACCGCAAGGUGCUGCGCGAUAACAUCCAGGGCAUCACGAAGCCUGCUAUUCGGCGCUUGGCUCGGCGUGGAGGAGUCAAGCGCAUCUCUGGGCUGAUCUACGAGGAGACCCGGGGCGUGCUGAAGGUUUUCCUGGAGAAUGUCAUCCGCGAUGCCGUGACUUACACGGAGCACGCCAAGAGGAAGACCGUGACUGCGAUGGAUGUGGUCUAUGCCUUGAAGCGCCAGGGCCGCACUCUGUACGGAUUCGGCGGCUAAGUACUCCUACACCAACAACAAAAUAUCCAAAGGCCCUUUUAAGGGC